AUGGCGAUGGUACUGACAACAAUGAACAAGACAAUAAAUCAUCAAGUGGGGUUCAAGAUGAUAAAGUGAAAAGUAAACAGGAAGGUGAGAAAAAUGCCGAUGGUGUUCAAGAACAAAAUAAGCAGAAUUCUAAAUCUGAUGAACAAGACGAACAGGAAGAAGAUGGCGCCGAACCCUCUGAUAAUAAAACUGAUAAGUCGGAUAGUUCACCUAAGCGGAGAAAAAAAACCGAAGCAUCCUCAAAAUGCAUCAGGAAAGAGGACUACUGUAGCAAAUGAAGACUGUAUGGAGGAUGGAUCUGAGCCUACAUCACCAAAGAAACCAAACGAUGAUGAUGUCGACGAUAAUAAUGAUCAAGGUUUACCAGAAGACACUGAGUUUGCAGAUAAUGCUGAUCAGUCGCCUGGACGUGAUGUUGAAGAUCUGCCAGGUGAUUUAUUCGACAAUCAAAUGGAUAUUGAUGCAGAAGAUGAUGGUGAUGAUGGCGAGGAAGGAGAUGAACCUUGUGGUCACCCAGAGGAUGAGAAUAAUCAAUCCACGUUGGAUGAAAAAGAUUUGGAACAGAAUAAUAAGGAAGGUGAAACGAUGGAUAUUGAUGAAUAUCCUAGUGUUGAAGAUCCAGCUAAAGUAGAAGUAUUUCCCUACCAUGGAAGUGGAUCAGGUGAUUUGAAUACUCAGUCGAAUGUUCUUGGUGGACAUGAUGAAAACGUUGAAGAUGUUGACAAAACUGAAACGAAUGAUGAUGAAAAGAAUGGCUCAAAUAUGGAUUCAUCAGAUAUACCACCUCAACAAUUAACUGAUGGUAAUCAGUCUAGUCAAGGAGAUGCUUCAGGUGAAAAAUAUACACCAUCUACUCGUGGUGGUGAUCAAUCGGAAACGUCAAGAACAGAACCACUUACUGGACAACAACAACAUCAGGUUAAUAGAAGUCAGUCUCGUUCUGGUCCAAAGCCGACAUCAGAAAAUCGAAGUCUAGCUAACAAACAAAAGUCUUUAUUGUCUGGGGUUGAAACUUUAGAAGUAGAUUCAGAACAACAACAACAAAGCGGUGAACAGGACUCAUCCUCUAAUGAAAAUGACAAGAAUUCACAGUUGUUUCAACAUCUGCCCAACCCUGAGGAUCCAAACAAUAAUGCCAAUGCUCCAUGUGUUCGUGAUUCAGCGACUUUAGACCAGGCAGAGAAACAAUUGACUAAUGGUGAUGACGAUGAAUCUAUGAGUCAGUGUGACGAUAAUGACACUGGCCUAGAAAAGGAUGAUAAUGUCGAUAACAAGGAUGCCGAUAAUGAAAGACUGCCAACAUCAGAAUUGGAGCCAAGUGAUGCUAAAACAAACAUUCUACCACAACAGUUAAAUCCUUUUGUGAAAGGCAAACAGUAUCCUGGCGGUGAUGAAGCGGUUGAAUCUGAUCCAACAGCAGAGUUUGUACCAACUUUAGGCGCUCAAAGACCACCACAGUCGGUUAUUUGUACACGGAUUGAAGCUGUACAACUGCCGCCGUCAACACUAGAUAAUUCUCUGGCUGAGAUGUCAACAGAUUUACAAAUUUUAGACAAUAGAUUUGCGCAGACAUCACUUGAAGGUGCUUUAGAAUGGGCAGCUUGUUGUCAACGAUCGAGUGGUUUAUCACGUCAAUUGUGUGAAGCACUUCGUUUGGUACUUGAACCAACUAAAGCAUCACGUUUACGGGGAGAUUAUCGUACUGGGAAACGUAUUAAUAUGCGAAAGAUUAUUCCUUAUUUGGCUAGCCAGUUUAGAAAAGAUAAAAUUUGGCUUCGUCGUUCUCAACCGAGUCAACGUGAAUACCGAAUCCUGAUAGCUGUUGAUGAUUCUUCGUCAAUGUCUGAGAAUCUUUGUAAACAAAUGACAUUUGAAUCCCUGACAACUGUUGUCACAGCAUUGAAUCUUCUCGAAGUUGGUCGAAUCGGAGUUUGUAGUUUUGGUGAAUCAGUACGUGUUCUACACGAUCCAAAGGAUCCGUGGGCAACAGAUGUUGGUCCUCGUGUGUUAAGUCAAUUCACUUUUGAACAGCCGAAAACAUCACUAGUUCAGUUGCUUCAUUGUACUAUCCAUCUUAUGAAUUCUAUCGGCUAUACAAACUCUUCGAGUACAAUACCUAGUCAACUGUUAUUAAUUCUGUCAGAUGGUGUUUUCUCCGAAGAUCCACAAAGUCAAUCUUUACAGGCUGCAGUACGAUUGGCACGUGAUUCGCAUAUUUUCCCUGUCUGUCUUAUUCUGGAUGAUGUACGCAAAAAGCAUUCUAUAUUUGAUCUUCGACGAUACUGUGGUCCGGGUAAAUUACAACCGUAUAUGGAUGUCUUCCCAUUGCCCUACUACUUAGUUCUACGUGAUUUAGCCUGCUUACCGAAUUUACUCGCUGACGCCUUACGACAAUGGUUUGAAUUGGAGUCAUCAUUUGGACGCUGAGGAAAAACCAAAACACAGACAGUGUGUGUACAGUUAACUAUCCCC